GCCCAGCGGCACGGUAGAGGAGCCGGUUCCCCAAAACCCGCCCCGGCGCCACCGUCCCCGGCCAGCGAAACCGACUCCCGCAGUCCCGCUCCUCCCUCCCUCCUCCGCUCCUCCACCCUCUCUCGGCCUCGUCGCGGACGCCUCCGCCGGCUGCUCGCCUCUCCUCCGAGGCCCUCUCCCUCCCCGUCUCCUGUUUCCAGGCGACAGGCGUGAUGGUAGAGAAGAGGGAGAGGGCGGAGGAGGCGUCCGAGAGCUCGCAGAAAUCCCCGCGCCUGGACCCGCUGGCUGCGGCUGGUUCUGGAUGCAGCGACGCGCCAGCGUCGCCGACGGAGUCGAGCGAGUGGCCAUCGGCCGGGGAAGCGGAGGCGGGGACCAGCAGCGACAGUACCGGCGACAGCGGGCGGUGCGAGCACAUAAGUUUGGACCGCGACCUCCUGCUUAGGGCCGUGUAUGAUCUCACCGAGCAGCGGGCGGUGAGACGGACUUGCCUUCUGCCUAAGUGCAAGACGACCUGGAAUGGCGACGAAGGGAUCAUGAAGUGCAUAGACUGCUCCAAGUUCUUUUGCUCUGGGUGGUCGGUGGAGAGGGAAAGUCCGCAGGGACAUGCCCUCUGGCACGCCGGCGAGAACCAGCACUGGGUUGCUCAGCGAUGCGAUGAACCGAAUUUGGGAUACUGCUUCUUGUGUGCACGCCUUAUGAGGCUCACUGACCUGACCAAAGAUGGCUAUCGAGUGGCGGCCAGAAAGGAAAAGGAUCAGCAAGGGCUGGGGGAUAGCGUUGCAAAGGAUGGCUGGGGAACGGGGUCCGGCAUUGCAAAGGGCGAGUGGGAACCAGAGACUAGCUAUUCAAAGGAUGAGUCCGCCAUGGAGCCAGCUAGCCUUGCAAAUGAUCUAUGUGCCACCGCUAGAAAGGAUGACUGGCAAAGGGUGCCCAGCAUUGCAAUGGACGAUGAUGCGUCUGGGUAUGCUAAUGGCGAUGGUUACGUUAUCAGAGGGAUACCGAACCUUGGGCAAACAUGUUACAUGAAUGCAACGCUGCAGUGCCUCCUUGCCCUUGGUAAGCUGAGGACAAUGAUUCAAAGUCCGGCUGCUCAUUUGGGGAGCAUUGGUCUGCACCUGCAGCAGUUUUUCCAAGAGACACUUGUGAAUGAUGCCAGACACACGCUGAACCCACGGAUGAUACUGCAAGCUAUGCAUGAGCAUUAUCCGAAUCGGUUCUUGGUCUGGAAUAUGGAAGACAGCCAUGAGUUCCUUAUGUCUUUAUUCAAUGCUGUGGAUGCGGAGGUGGAGCAGCAAAACAGAAUGCAUGUCUUGAAAGGGGGUGAAGUAUUCCCUACACUUAACGUUUCUCUUUUCAGAGGCCAGCUGUUCGAGACAACGUCCUGCCAAAGAUGCUGGUAUAAUGAUACUAAAACCGUUGAUUUCGGUGAACUCUAUUUGUCACUUCCAGAGAAGGAUCCUCCAGCCAGAAGCGUUGCAUCAACACCAAGGAAUAAAAGCCACGGAUCUCAAACUGACAAGAGUGAUGGGGAUAAUAAGAUGCAAACAGCUGCUCCAGGCAGCACUUCUCAGUUUCCCGGUUCAGAAUUGGGAGAUGGGGCAAUGGAGAAAACCCCCAGGCCUUUGCAAGUUGAUUCUAGCGAAGUGAAGGAUGUUGUACACAGUCAUAUGCAGACUCAGAAGAAUGAUGUCCCAAUAGAAAUUUUGGAUUUCAUUCCUGACUUAUUUGAUGACACUGAAAGAAUGGAGGAAGCAACAACAGAUUCUCGGAAUCCAGAAGAUAAGGAGACGACUUACUCAGUAAAAGUUACUGCCAAAGAUAAGGGGGAAGCUCAGAGCAGUGAUAUUGUUAAUGAUGAGGCCAAACAUAUGAACUCUCUUGGGUCGAUUGAGGACUGCCUGGAACUGUUUGCCCAUCGAGUGAAGGAACGUUGUGAGAACUGUUCCAAGGUUGCUGAACAGAUCAUGGCAAGCACCAAUAUAAAUACGACUGUUGAUGGAGAUCAGACUGAGCUGUCAGGUAGGAAAACAUGCCCAAGUGAGUGAUCUAGU